AUGGCAAGAAGAAAGGGACCGCCGUCGCGGCUGAAGAUUCCACGCGCGAUAAAGCGGCACAGGAGGACCAGUUCGGACGGGUCGGUGACGGAGACCAUCUUGUCCGCAGAGCUGGAGGGCGAGUUCCCGCGCACGCCUGACCCGCCUGACACGCCUGAUACACCUGAUACGCCUGAUACGCCGGACACGCCUGAUACGCCGGACACACCGGACACGCCUGACACGCCUGGGACGCCGCCGCCCCCGCCACCCCCGCCACCUCCGCCGAUGCCGCCACCGCCGAUGCUUGCUGCGGUGAUGGGGCUGGAGGGUGGGCUGUCGGGGCACCUUAAGGGGGAUGACGGGAAGAUGAACGGGAGGAGAGGCAUGGCGCUUCUGAAGGAUGUGAGCAAGGAUUUGGGGGGCUCGGGUGGGGUGGUGGUGACACAGGAGACCCAGGAAGAGGAGGAAGGGACGGUUGAGAGGGAGAAAGUCAAAGAAGAGGGGGAGGAAGUUAAGGAAGAGAGUGAGAAAGUCAAGGAAGAGAGUGAGGAAGUCAAGGAAGAGAUUGAGGAAGUCAAGGAGGAGGGGGAGGAAGUCAAGGAAGAGAGGGAGAAAGUCGAGGAAGUCAAGGAAGAGAGAGAGGAAGUCAAGGAAGAGGAGGAGAAAGUCAAGGAAGAGAGGGAGGAAGUCAGGGGAGAGAUGGAGAAGUUCAAGAGAGGCAGGGAGAAAUAUAAGAGAGAGAGGGAGAGGAAGGUUGUGCCGGGGACGUUGAAAUACUUUGAGGGGAUCCCCUUGCGGGAGGGGGAGAAGGGGAAGGGGUUGAAGGGCUGGAGUGGGUGGGAGAGGUGGGAGAGGGGGGAGAAGAGGGAGAAGAGGGUGCGUGUGGUGGUUCCGGAGGGUGUGCGGGAGAAGUGCCUGCAGUGCGGAGUAAGGAAUCUGAGAUGCACGCUGACGAAGAAGCUGAUCGUCCCGGGAAGCGACGGGGUCUGGAGAGAAGGACCCUGUUGGCGAUGUGUUCAGCACGGGGAUGGGCAUGAGUGUCUGGUGAAGCCUGGGCCGGCGGGCUGGCAGUUUGCGGAGAAGGACUUUACCGUGCUCCCGUACGACCCGACGGCUGAUUUCUAUGCCAAAGUCACGAAGGAGCAAGAGGUCGUGCUUGUGAAUUUCAAAGAUGAGGGGAGGACGCGAGAGAUUCUGGACAAGUGGAUCGAGCGGGAAGAGAAGGUUGUGGUAGAUACCAUAGCCAACUGCACCGCCAAGGUGAAAAUAUCUGCAUUCGCGCCUCCUAGACCUCCAAACGCAAAGGAACUGGAACCAUUCACAUACAAGGACCGUGAUGGUGGUGUUAUUCUUAGACGUUGA